CCUAAAUUUAACGCAAUCCCUAACAACUCACGCAAAAAAAAUGGCCGAAGAACUCGAUUUCAUCAACAACAACAAUACUGAUGAAGAAGACAGAUUAAGCUCUCUCCCAGAUUCUCUUUUGAUCGAAAUUCUCUCUCUCCUCCCUUUUAAAUCCGCCACCGCAACAUCCGCCUUAUCCCGACGUUGGGUCCCACUUUGGACCCACCUUCCCCACCUUAUUAUCGGCGGUUUCGACGACCCUUUACAUACCACCAGCGCUGAAAGAUUCUUCACCACCGUAAAUCACAUCUUGUCGCAACUCAUAUCCCCGCAAAACCACACUUUCUAUCUCCAUUAUUAUCACCCUAUUUCAGAUGCUCUUGAAUUUCAACUUUGUUCUGCUCUUUUUACUUCAUGGGUUCCUCUUAUUUGCGCCCGAAAUGCUGUCAAAUUCGAGGUAUGCUUAGAUUCGUUGGAAUUUUGUGGGCAUUCCAUUAUUUUACCAACUUGUGUUUUUCAAACACCAUCACUUGUACACCUCAAAUUGCGCGGUUCUUUUCACUGCAAGCUACCUGAAACUGGUAUUGUUAAUCUUCCUAAUUUGAAAAAGCUUUCUUUGUGUGGUGUUAACUUUGACACUCUAGGGUUGACAACGUUGUUUAAGUGUUGCCCACUUUUGGAGAAUUUGUUCUUGGAGUUAAACUUGAUGGAGGAUGAAGUUAUAGAAAUCUCAGCUCAUAAUUUGAAGUAUUUGAGUAUUCAUUUGCUUGGAUCAUCGACUGCGAGCCGUUUUAUGAUUGAUGUGCCUUUGUUGGAAGAGAUUGCGGUACAUGAUUCUGGUGCGUUUUAUAACUUUGUCAAGAAGCCAUGUAUGUUAAGGAAAGCAUGUAUUGAGUGGCCUUUUCGUUAUAGAGAAGGGAAUGAUUAUCUUGUUCAAAUUCUGGAGCUUUUUCGAGGAAUUUCGAGUGUUAGAUCCAUUCACCUACUGAAUAGUUUUCCUAUACUUUAUAUCAUUCAGCAUAUAGAUGGAAAUAUUUGGUCACUCUUUCAUAAUCUGACCGAUCUUAGAUUGGGUGUUCCUAACGAACGUAUGAAUUGGGGUACCUCAAUACCCUCAGCAUUGUUACCUAAGCUCAAGAGGAUACGUAUAUCCGGAAUUGAUGGGGAUAGAAACGAUGUUAGGUCGUUGAAAUAUGUUCUAAGUAAUGCAGAUGUUUUGGAGCAUCUUAACCUAUUUUUUGUUUUCGACUCGAACAAUAGCCCCGAACAGAGACUAUGGGAGGAAUAUAAGUUCUGCAGGUAUUUGUUCAGGCUUUCGAGGAGCUCUCAAAGUUGCAAGAUUGAGUUUAAUGGUUGUCAUAUUCACACAUUUACUAAUGGGUCUCAAAGGGUAUUAGGUCAUUCUCAAAUUAAUUGGUUAAAAUCUUCCAUGUGGCUUGACUCUGAAGAGGACCACGAAUGAACGGUAGGUUCAUGACUCAUCAUUCUUGAAUAUAUCAAGAAGAUUGACUACAUUUUUAUUGAUGCUUUUGAUUUGGCUUAGGCUUUUAUAGUUUAAUUUCUCAGCAAGUUGCUUUUCAGUACUGCUAAAUAAGUAAAUAACAUGUUUAACUUUCAGAUA